CGCUCGUUUACUCUCGUGCGCAGUCGUGUCGGCUGCCAUUACUGCGAGCCGCCUCGGCACAUCAAAGCGGGCGGUGAUUGGUCGGGCCGACAACAGAGCAUCGUAGAGUGCUUGGCCCGCGCUGGGAGACCAGUAGAGUGUAAUCGUUGGCGGUGGCAAGGUCGCAUUCGUUGCGGCGACGCGUUCCUUUUCCGACAAUAUACUUACACAUAUAUACACACACACACUGUCCGCUUGUUUUCUAUCGCGCGGUGUUACAAUAUAAAUACAUAGUUACGAAAUAAACACGUGUUGGUAUUAUUGUUGCUGCUGCUGCUCCAAAUGUUGUAGUUAUUUGUUAUUUUUUUGUGCGGGAAUUGUUGUGGGUGACAAACAGACGUCUCUCAUUCGUUCGGUGCGGAUAAAUAAAAAUAAAGUUUGUCGUUGUUUUUUCUUUUUCGUUUAAAUUUUGUUGUUGAAAAUAUGUGUUCGCGAGUGUUGUCCGCCGGCAUGAUUAUGUUGAUGACGAGUUGACACAGAGAAGCGGGUCAGCGCGAGUAAGUGCCAUGUCCCGAGGUGUGAUGCCGCCGCGUCCGGAGUAAAACCAUGCCACACGUCUCGUCGACCGGCGGCGAUGAUCUCUGCAGCACCGAUGAGGUUAAGGUGUUUAAGGACGAGGGCGACGGCGAGGACGAGAAACGUUCCUCGGAAAACCUCACCGAGGAGAAGAGCAGUCUCAUCGAUCUCACCGAGUCCGAGGAAAAGUCUGGAGGAAAAAUCGAGCCAACACCACACACAUCUUCCUUCAACAUGGGAUACCUCAUGUCACCAUAUAGUUACGCCAAUGGAGCAGCAACAUCUAUACAGGUCAGAAUUUACCACAAGCCGACUUGUCGGUACAUUCAAUUGUUCGUAUCGUAUUUUUUUUUUAUUUUAGCCAAAAGCUGCUUGACCUGUGCUGGUAAAUCAAAUCUUCGUUAUAUAUUCGCACACUCUUUUUUAAUUAUUAUAAGUUUUAUAUUUCUCCUCUCGUCAUAUUUUGUGGGAACCGCGUUAAGUUGUCUUAACAGCUCCAUUGUUGAACUGUAUUGCAUCGGACCAGUCGGGCCCCCGGAUCUGAUGGGCACCUACCCGAACACCAUCGGGGUUGUUGCAAUGCUCCUGCCGGUUCUGUCUUGGUGGUGA